GCGGCGCUGGCUUCCUUUUGUAGUUUCUCUCCCUUUGCCUCGCAGCAAAAGCCGGGUUGGGCACCGUAGUGGGCUGGAGGGAGAACGGGCGCCCGCCUGCCAACCCCAUUUUUUUAAAAAAAACAACAACCUUAAAAUCAAGAGUGGGGGCACGCCCGAAGGAGAGCCAAGUACCUCCCGUCAAUCCGGGCUCGCCUGGCAGGGGCGAAGGUUGCUGCGGGCGGGAUCCGGAUGGGCUGGGACAGCCGCCAGGGCCUCCUCGGUUAAGGGCAACGCGCUCCAUGCUCUUCCCCUCCCGCGGUGAUUCCCCCGUCUCUGCCCCCAAAUGACUCUGCGCUCGGCCGAAUCCUCGGAUGGCACAGACAGGGCCGGGCCCCAGUGGGAGGCUGCAGGAGCAGCGGUGGAGUCUUCCGAAGGGGAGCGCCUGGACUUAGCCAUGCGGGAAUUGAGACGCGCAGGAUGGUACUGGGGUAACAUGAGUGUUUCAGAAGCCAAAGAGAGAUUACAAGAUACAUCUGAAGGGACUUUCUUGGUCAGAGACAGCUCUCACUCAGAAUACCUGCUUACUAUUUCAGUCAAAACAUCAGCAGGACCUACCAACUUGCGCAUAGAAUUUCAAGAUGGUAAAUUCCGACUGGAUUCUGUUAUAUGUGUUCGAUCGAGGCUCCGGCAGUUUGACAGUGUGGUCCACCUGAUUGAAUACUAUGUUCUUAUGUGCAAAGAUAGAAGAAGCGUCUCCGAAAUGCCUUCCAAUGGAACUGUCCAUCUUUAUUUGAAUAAGCCCCUGUAUCACUCAGCUCCAUCUCUACAGCACCGCUGUAGAGUAGUUAUAAACAGAUACACAAAAGAGAUCCAGGAACUUCCUUUACCAACAAGACUGAAGGAAUUCUUGAAAGAAUAUCAAUAUCAGGUAUAAAGACAUCAUUUUAAAAGAAAAAAAUCCUGAAUGCAAUUGUAUGAAAUCAAAGUCCUGAGCAUUCAGCUGCACAGAUAUACCAUGUAAGUCACUGUGAAAAUAGUAUCAAUUAAGUUAAUAAUUUUUGGGGGGACCACUUAGAUUUAAUGUUCCACAGUCAACAUUUGGGUGCAAAGUAAUCUCCCGGAUGUUUCUCCUGAACGUCCAGUAUCUAAACUUCACUUUGAGAAAAGUGCUUGUGAUGCUAGGUGCACUGAGACAGGCAGGGGGAAUGUGCAUUACUCUUCCACAACUGUGCACCCCAUUUGCUCUUAAAAUAAAUUUCCCCACUUUAUAUGUAAAUGGGGCAGACCUGUAUUUAAAAAAUGCUGGGAACCAGUGGAAACUCUUAUUGCAGAAGCCUGAUUCAAAUGUUCUGGUUAUGAUACGACUGUCCUUCAAAAUCACUUUUGUAUGAUUGGGGUAGGACAGUGAUGUUAUAGGCACUGUAUGAAAUACGUCUAUGAGUUUGUGGCGACUGCAUUGAGGAUGUAAGUCACAAUAGCAAUCAAUAUGGUACCUUGGGGAAGACUCAUAUAAUAUUGUGGCUUCCAGUACUGGGGAAAUGAAGUAUGUUCUCAUUGAAAGGGCUAAGGUGAUAGUAGACAUCUGGAUCCCAUACACAAAUGGCUAACAACUGUGCAUUUAUGGCUCUAUGAACUUUUUGUAAAGGCCCUUAGGGGAACAGAUUUUGGGCAAUACAUCUCCAGCUGGUAUAAAAACUAGCAUAGAACAGUUUGAUAGUACUGCAGGGAAUGGUUUAACUGCCUGAUUUUAAGAUAUGUUUGAUGCUCUUUAUGAUGUAUUCUUGCAAUUUAUUCAUUAGGUUUAUAACGUGCUCAUUUUUUUUUAAUGACUGAACAUCACAUCUCCAUAAAACAUACGGGAUGUUUUUUCUUUUCUUUUUAAUUUCACAACAUUAGAACACCAGAGUGUCAUUUCCUUUUAAAAUGUUGACCUAGCAGUCUUCCCUGCAUGUGAAUGCCUUAUGAAACCUACAGGUCAAACCUUUCAGUUUUUACUCAAAAAUAAAUGUGCUUUGGGUUGCUGCCAAGUCUUAUUUGGACAGUCCAUAGAGUAAACUUCUAAGCAGUUAUGUUCAGAUCACAUUGUAAAUUAGCUAUCACAUUGAAUCAGAACCAAUAAGUUUGUACCACUUUGUAUUGAGCUCCUUUGGGUACUGUUUUACAUAUGGUAAUCUGGUUAAAAGGAACCUUGUUUCAAAACAAGAAGCAAACACUUUCCUAUCUUUUACAAGGACCCAGUGGCUACAUUGGGAGAGCAUACCAAGAUCUUUAGUUAGCAUGUCAAAAGCCUCCCUUUUUAUUAUAGACCCAUUUACUGCCUAUAAUAGGCCUCCCUGGAAUGAAACUAUAUAAAUACCUAGGCUGCACUCUUGCAGUUGAGGGGUUCCAUGCCUGGACAUGGAUAGCAGCAAUUAUGAAUACCUUCUACAAUGUAGAAAUUUUUUUAUUCUUAUUUCCUUGAAAUGCAAGCAAGUUUGCCUGUUCUAAAGAUUGUUCAAGGCUGUAGCUGUCUGAUUUCAGAUUGUAUUCAAUAAAGUAAAUUGCAGAGGCUGUAUGUCCUUAAUGUGUUUUGUAUAUUAUGAGGGACAGUUUUUAAAAUGCCAUUUUCAUUUACUUCAUUGCCUUCUUCCUUCAACUCUGUAAAAAAAAAACCUGUUAAAGAUAAAUAUCACAA